UUUUCCGAUCAUCAAGUCAAGUAUAUCGCGUGGCCCUCUGUUUCUAUAUAAUAAUGGGAAUUUUGCUCUGAAUCCUUCUGUGCCCAGAAGCCCUUUCUCCUUCACCCACAUCUGCUUCCCUCUUCGCUGCCGGUUGGAUUGACUAUCUUUGGCUUGGCCCUUCUCCCAGAUUUGCUCAUCGUUUGAUACUGAGAGGGUUUUUGUUUUUAAUUCCAGGCCUAAUGUCAGGGUCGAGAGACGAUGAAUGGAUCAUUAAGAUUGAAAUGAUAUUGCAAUUCAUGAAUGAAAACAACGUAAAGACGUGCAGUAUUUGGAGGGUUCCAGAGAAGCAACGAGUUCCAGGCCUCGGUUCCAGGCCUCAACUUGCAGCCAUGGGACCCAUUCACAGGGGAACCAAAAGCGAACUGCAAAUCAUGGAAGAGGCCAAAUGGCGCUACAUGCACCAUCUUCUUUCGCGUCCCACUGGAAACUUGCAGUGCAUGACCCUUAGAAGUUGCUGUGAGCUACUGAUAGGCUUUGACAGUAUAAUUCGAGCCAGCUAUGCCGAUGGGGAGACAAUGGAAUUGGGAGCAGAGGAGCUUGCCAGAAUAAUGCUACUUGAUGGCUGCUUUCUCUUGGAGCUUCUGCUCAAACUCCACGAAAAUGUCAUCCCAGAUCCGCCGCUCCGUCGCAAUCAGAGUGAUCCUUCUCUGGAUUUUACCGACGGCAAGAAAAAGAUCUUACGUGUUCUCACUGAUCUUACGCUGCUCGAGAACCAAAUCCCUUUCCUCGUUCUCGAACUUUUGUCACUAGAAGCUUCUCCAGAAAAAGAACUUUCUCCUGAAAAACUUGCCGAGUCACUCUUUGGAUGCAAGGUUGCCAGCGCUGGCUUCUCCAAGGGUGUUUCUCAUUUCCUUCAUCUCAUGCACUCGUGCUCCCCAGAUCCCUAUGACCAAAGACGUGACAUCCAUGAAAGCUAAACAAGAACUGAAGCGCUGCGCCACGGAGCUCCAAGCUGUGGGACUCGAAAUUCAUUCCACUUCGCAAACCAUUAUAAACGCUUCUACCAGUAAUGUUGAAGUAAUUUAUCUUCAUUACUAUUGAAUUAUCACUUAAUUAGUAAUUCACCUUUAAAAUCUCGCUCAUAAUGCAGACAACAAAACAAGGAAUUGUGGCUUCUGCACUGAGGGAAUUUGUGGAGAGGUUCGGUUUUUAUAUAGAUUUUAAGCAAAGGGAUCAGAAGCUGAUAAUCCCGAAGCUGUGCAUAAAAGAAGGAACGGAAGAGAAGUGGAGGAAUUUCAUUGCUUGGGAGCAACUCGGAUUAACAGGAAUCAGCUACAAGUUCACCUCCUACGCGCAUUUUCUCAAAAGGCCUAGUCUGUUCUGUUCAAGACAUCCAACUGCUUAAAUCAAAGAACAUUAUUGUAGCAGAUGGAGAUUUUGGGAUCAGCGACCAGAAAUAACUGGCCUUGUUCCAGAUUAUCACAGCCGGGGCUGAAAAUAUGGAUAAUAGAUACAGUGCUAUGUGUGUGCAAUUGAACGCAGUGAAGCAGCAUGGUGUUCCAGUGACAGGAUGGCGGACCAUGAAGUGGCAUCAUUUCCAGAGUUUUCUGGAACUGCUAGGACCUCGGAUCAGAUACACCAUCAAAAUCCUAUUUAGGCUUUUGUGUUUAGCAAGUUCAUUCCUGACACGUGGAUGCUCCUCAAAGUUGGGGCAGCUACAUUUCUUCUUGUCCUCACUACUAUUCACACCAUUUACACAUUGAAAACCUAUUAUGCCCCAGCUGGCCAACGAGAGUUAAGAAAGGAUCAGAAAAGCAAGUGGGGUACGAACUCAUGUCACUUUCUGAAAUUUCUAAAAAUUUUACAGCCCUUAUCUGUAA